AUGGCCGAGUCAGAGGAAGUCGUGGAGCCACUGCACCUUGAGCUAGAGGACCGUGAGGUGUAUCUCGCCAAGAUCCCAACUGCACUUGGCGCAUCGUGGAAAAAUGUACAAGAGAGUGAGUUGAUGCUGGGAUCGAUUAAAUUGGAAAAGAAGAGCGUUCUCGGUCGUCGCAAGGGAAUGCUAACGGUCAAUCCAAGCACAUUGGAGAACGACAUUCCGACCGAGUAUCGUGUUGAGAUCAGUGAAACGCCAUUGAAGCUCAAGGUGUUUUCACUAGAUGGUUCCGGUCGAAUGGCUGUGGAAGGUACUGUGAAGAAUAGCUGCACUAUCAUGGCCCAGCGUAAUGAUCAGUACAACAAAAUGUGCAAGCAACGGCUGAUCAAGUCCAUGGUUAAGACGAGAAUCGUUCAGCCACUGGAAGACUUGCCUCGCGUGAAAAAGGCGAGGAUCCAGUUCACUAUUGACAAGCCUGACCCGGACGCCGAGGACGAAGACGAUGAUUCGAAGCUACAGGACAGAUUGGACAAGAAAAUUAAGAUGAGCAAGGAUGAGCUGAAGAAUCUCGUGUUCCAUCACUUCGAGGAGCGCGAGUACUGGCCGCUCAAGGAGCUUAAUUAUCAUUGUCGCCAGUCUGAGUCGUUCUUGAAGGAGGUGCUCAAGGAGAUUUGCGUGUAUCACCGCAAGGGCCCCAACAAGAGCUGCUACGAGCUCAAGCCUCAGUACAAGGAUGGAGUCUCAUCGCACGCGUAA